UUGUUAAAAAAUAAUAACUUCUAAGGCCGGUUCGCGUUCUAUUUUUCAAAAUGUUUUGAAUAAAAAUAAAAAGUGUAGUGAUGUGACACGUUUACGUACAAUUAUCGAUUUGUACUUUCUUUUAUAUUGACAAUUUUUUUGGUGACACUGAUAUUUCGCGGCUCCACGAAAUGUUCCAGUACGAGUAUGAGAAACGACCACCUUCAGCUAACUCCUGCGACAGUCGCGCAACAAUGACCACUGACUGGAGCCGAUCGUACCCCAGACCGUAUCAGCAGAGGCCGCCGAGUAUCGAGCAUGCGCGACGGCCUUUACCGCCACGGCCUAUUGUUGUUGAACAGAUGCCGACAAAGACCACCGUCCCCCUAAAGGUGUGGAUCAUUGCGAGCGCGUCUUGUUUCGCGGUGUGCGCAGCUCUCGUCCUUGCCACAGUUGUCAUCACCAAGUGGGGAGCUACCGACUACACCAGGGAAAUCUACGCUCCUCAGCCUGACCCCGUCUACUCCAUACCAUAUCAACAAGAGAAACAAAAGGCAACCACAGAAGCAGAAAUAACAAUGAGUUCAGAGGAACUUGAAAACGAGGUCCAGUUUCCAAUAUUGGAAAAGCUAUCAAUAUUCAAAAACAUAGUUGCCAAUCGCGAAAAGAAACGAAAUGAGAAGAAAAAUGAAAAUUUGAGUACAAAAUCACAAAUUCAUCCUAUUCAUGACGCACACCAUAUUGACUAUGGUGAACGAAGAAUAGAGAAGAAAGACCAGGCAAAGUUUCACGAAGAAGUCGUUGAAACAAAAGAACACUUGUAUACGGAUCCAAAAGAUGAAUUAGAUUUGAAACCAAACGACCAAGAUGGUUCAAAUAUUAAAGAAAUAAAAUUCGAUAACGAGAUAGACUUCAAAGCAUUCAAACACUCAACAAAAAUCAAUACUGAUGAAAAUGAAGCGAUUCGUAUAAAUAUUAAUAAUAACAACAAAAAACCAAUACCAGAUUUCAAGCCUACAUUACCUGAAGUUAUAAUAAACAAACAAAGUAUAAAAUUAGUUGAUACAAGAAACUAUAUAGCGCCACAGAUAGAUUAUGAAGAGUAUUACAAUGAUCAAAAUCUAUACGACGAUUACUUGGAAAGCAAUUCCAUGACAAGUUAUCUUAUUGAAAAGAUACAGGAGUUACAUGAUUGGAUAGUAACAGACCCUGAUUUCGAGCACAUCAAUGGCACUAAACCAAAGUCCACUGGCAUCGAAUUUGGCCAAGUCCUAAAAGCUUUAAAUGAUAGUCUAAUAGAAGGCAAUGUGACAAUUAUUAUGAAUAAACUGAGGGAUAUUUAUUUCGGAGAGAAUUACACUCUUGCCAAUCAUACAAGGAAGGUUAUUUUGAGUAAUAGUACAGAUCUGUUAUCGUUCGGCAUUUUGACGUUAGAUGUGAUGUUGUUACAUAAUAUACAGCUGAUGGCUUGGGAGAACCAGGAGACAGCGCGCUACAAGAUGCUAAAAGAUCCUGACGUGUUUGCGUUCAACGCCCUCUUCAUGGAACCAAGCAAGGUUGAGGCAAAGCAGAAUGAGGUUCAUCAACAACAUGAUAAUGCAUUUUCCAAACGUCAGAACCUUCGCGAUACAAUAGAAGAUUUUGACAUCAGCAAAAGUCUGCUCGAGAACGUCUUGGAGAUUGGCAUGAGCACAGCACGAGCCGCUAUACAUCUUGGUAGAGCAUACAAGAAUACAAAAGUAAUACUAAACCAGCUAUCCAACUCCAACCGGGAAACUUUAAACGCAAACAUACAAACACAAAUUUCGCGAAACAUUGAUGCCAACACUCACGCCCUUCAUCGAUUGCAAACGUCCUUCAACAGCACUGCCAACAUAACGGGGUAUACAGAGUUGGAUUGCGUUUGGUUGUUAUAUUGCAGAAAUUUGGUUAUGACCGCAAAGCUGAAUCCGCCGUAUGGAACUAUGGCCAGGAUUAACGGCAUGGCACUGCGUAUGCUGACGGGUGACCUGUCCGCUGAUCGCGCUCUCGACACGAUGUUAUACGAAGUAUUGACCGGAUGGACUGACCUUCGGUGCAACGAUAUGUUCCCCAGGUGUAGCAAAGCGAACGCCGCGUCUGUAGUAAUGGAUUCAAUUUUGGCGCCCCUACGAAAAUCCCAAUCUACAAGAACACUGUAAAACAUUUCAAAAACAACAACUCUAAUGCUCUGGCCACACAGAGGCGGCUCGUACAUUACAAAAGUACCCGGCCUGAGCAUAGAGGUCCACACACAUCCAAACAUUGAUGUGCGUCGCAUUUAACAUCAAUGUUCCGUGCAGCAAACGAUGAUCAGAUGGAAUUUUGGAAUCCAACACACUGAUGACGGUACCGCAGAGUCGGCUGGAACGCCGCGGCAUCUACCGAUAUGCCACCGGUCACUCGGAUUUUAAUCCCUUCUACGCGUCUUCCGGAGAAUUCUCGCGCAAUAACAGGAAUUCCCGUAACUACCGUAUAGUUUGCAUGUUACACAAAUGACCUAAAGUUCUUUAUGAUAUACAGGGUGGAAAAAAAUCAAUAUGACAUAAAGGGGAAGUACCUUUAAUGUUUAAGAUAGCUAGUUAAUUUCGCUUAAAGAUAACAUUCUUUUAAUUUUCUUUAUAUGAAUAACUGCAUUCACAAUUUUUUUAAAGCUUGCCUAAACCAGGAAUCGAACCAACUAAAAAUGCAAAAAAAUCUCACUAGUUUAUUGUACUAAUGGAUAUGAUCAACAAUAAGAAUAAAAUACUUAAAAUGAACAUUUUGCCUUACAAUUAAAGAUAACCAUGAAAUCUAAUAUUAAUGUUACGAAGGUAUUAUACAUUAAAUAUGCAAUUUGCAACCUUUUUCCAGACUAUUCGAAAUUGGAACCUAAAGUAUAUAUUUACAUAUUAUAAUUUUCCUGCAUUUUAAUAAAUAAAAAGCCUUUUUUUAAGUUGCUUGAAGUGGGACCCAUUUUUUCCAUGGACAGAUUUAGUCCUUUGAGAUUCACUGUGUUUCUGCAAAGUGUUGUGGUGGAUGCUCAUAAUAAAUUUUCGAAUUUCCUUUAGGUAAAAUUAGCUAUCUUAAGCAUUUUAAGUACUUCCCCUUCAUGUCCCAUUGAUGUUUCCACCCUGUAUAGAAUUUCGUAACAAAAAUUCCAUUACGCGUUAAUGUCGUCGGUGUUUGCAAAAAGGACGAAAGCGCCAUUUUGAAACAUUUUUCAUCUUUUAGUUUUUCACGACUGUAUUAAAAUAUUUACGUCCUGUUUUAAACUAAAUUCGUUUAAAAAGUUGCUUCCCAGAUUUUUUUUUUCAAAACGGCGGUAGAAAGCGUGAUUCUUUACAUCGUCAGUAAACUGAGCCUAUAGAUGAUGCGACGCGUUCAAAAUUGAACAGCAAAUUGCAGGUAUAAUAGAAUUUUCUUUAUUUUUUGUAAUAUAAUAUAUUUUACAUGGGGCGAACUUAGAAAUUAAAAGGCUGACAAGAUUUUUAAUAUAUUUUUAUAAUAAAAAACACAUAGUACAUGGUACGUAAAUUUAUACGUAAAAGUAGGACUUAAUUUAAUAGUGCCUCUAGAUAUUAAGUACAAAAAUAAGUAUCUUACUUUGAUAUUUUUAUCAUCUAAAAAUACCACAAUGAUAUCGAAGUUAUCCACGACAUUGUGUUACUUAUACCUUAAAAGUAGACAUAUUGAUAAGUGUCCACGUUUUGUUUUUAGGUGGUGCAUAAAUGGUGUAAUUUGCGCUCUAGAACUAAUUAUAAUUAGGCAUUCAAACCUUUAACGAAUUUUGGGCACCUCAACUCUUGACAUAACCGGAUAUA